AUGGCCUUCCAUUCCAGGGACGAGGCGUUGAUGUGCAAAGUGUUUCCGUCUAACUUGGGACCCAUGGUGAUGAGAUGGUUUGAUGGCCUCAAGCCAAACUCCAUAAACUCUUUUAAGCAGCUGACACAGGCUUUCGGUUCUCGCUUCAUAACUAGCAGCAGAGUCCCUCGGCCCCUAAAUUCCCUCAUAUCCUUGUCCAUGCGAGAAGGAGAAACCCUGAAGGCCUACUCAGACAGAUAUUGUGAAAUGUAUAAUGAGAUAGAGGGAAAUUACGAUGACGUCACCAUUAGCACAUUCAAGAGGGGUCUGCCGACAGAGCAUGGUUUAAGAAAGUCCCUGACUGGAAAACCGGUCACUAGCGUGCUCCAACUCAUGGACAAAAUCGACAAGUACAAGAGAGUCGAAGAAGACCAACAGACAGGAAAGGGCAAAGCGAAGAUUGUCCCUCAAGAGAGGAGGGAUUUCAGGUCGGACCGCUUUAACAACCUUAAUCGACCGAGAAGGGAUUACUCGGAGCAGUCUAGAUCCACAGGGGCACAGGCAGUCCAUGCUGUGUUCCGAGAACCAUUACAUAAGAUCCUAGAGAAAGUGAAGAACGAACCGUUCUUUCAAUGGCCAAGCAGGAUGGCAAGCAACCCCGUGAAACGUAACCAGGAUCUGUAUUGCGCGUAUCACCAAGAGCCGGGCCACGCCACCGAUGAUUGCAGGAAUCUGAAAAACCACUUGAACCGGUUGGUCCGAGAGGGGAAGUUACGACAUUUACUGCAUCACCCUGUCGGAUGGCAAGAGCAGUCGAACAUCGAAACAAGGCAAAGCACAUUAAGACCACCCAUUGGCACGAUAAAUGUCAUUCUAGCCGCACUAGGAAGGACCGACUCCCAUCCUUUCAGAGUAAUGUCGAUAGGCCGGCUCCCCACUAAAGCUGAUGACCGGGAGUCCAAGAAGGCCAGAGGGAUGGGCACGCCCCUAAUCAGAUUCUCGGAUGAGGACAAACUGGGAACCCUCAAACCCCACGACGAUGCCCUAGUCGUCACGCUCAGGAUUGGGGGGUAUGACGUGAAGAGGGUGUUAGUCGAUCAGGGCAACGUCAUGGAAGUAAUGUAUCUCGACUUAUACAAGGGGUUGAAACUGAAACCAGAGGACCUGACAGCAUACGACUCCCCUUUAUUGAGUUUCGAGAGAAAAACCGUCACUCCGAAAGGCAUGAUUAGGUUGCCUAUGCAAACAGACUCAGACGUGGUGGAAGUGGACUUCAUAGUGGUAGACGCAUAUUCCCCCUACACCGCCAUUGUAGCCAGACCGUGGCUUCACGCCCUAAGGGCUGUGUCAUCAACCUUACACCAAAAGGUGAAAUACCCAUCAGAAGGUCGAGUGAAAGAAGUAAUAGGGAACCAAGCAAUAGCCCGGCAAUGCAUGGUGUCAGCCAUCUCGCGAUGA